UCUGUAGACACUACUACUGAUGGUAGAAAACCUAUCCAUGUUGCUGCUCAGGGAGGUAGUAAAAAUGUAAUAGAAUUUCUACUCAGUAAGGGUAUAAGUGUUGACGAUGUUGCUACUAGGAAUGGAUGGACACCACUACACUAUGCAGCAUGGAAAGGUCAUCUAGGUGUAGUUAAAUGCCUUGUUGAAAAAGGGGCUGGCUUGAAUGUUAAGGACAAUUAUAGUAAAACUCCUUUACACAGAGCUGCUUUAAAUGGACAUUUAAACGUAAUAAAGUAUCUUAUAGAUGGUGAACAUGUUAAUGUUGAUGUUAUGGAUGACUCCAAUCAAACUUCUUUGCAUGAAGCUUCUUAUUAUGGUCAUUUAGAUAUAGUUAAAUAUCUUGUAGAAAAAGGUGCUAACUUGAAUGUUAAAAGCAACGAUGGUUGGACUCCCUUACACAAGGUUGCUUGGAACGGUGAACUAGAUGUGGUUAAAUAUCUUGUAGAAAAAGGUGCUGAUUUUAAUAUUAAGGACAACAAUGGCAGGACUCCUUUAUACCACGCUGCUGAUAACGGUCACUUGAAUGUUGUUAAAUAUCUUGUAGAUGAGAAAAAAGCUGAUUUUAAUCAGAAAGAUAACUAUGGUAAUACUCUUUUGCAUGCUGCUGGUUGGAAUGGGAGUCUGGAUGUGGUAAAAUAUCUUGUAGAUGGAAAAGGGCUUGAUUUUCAUGUUAAAGACAAUGAUGGUAAUACCAUUCUAUCUGAGUCUAUUCAAAGAAAUAAGUCGAAUAUAAUAAGAUAUUUUAUAGAGGAAAAAGGUAUAAGUGACAAUGAAACUAUAUUUAGUGCUGCUGACAAAGGUGACUUAGGUUUGAUAAUGUAUUUUAUAGAAAAAAAAGGUGAUGAUUUUAAUAUUAAGGACAAUGAGGGCAAGACUCCAUUACACUGGGCUGCAAGUAGUGGUCACUUAGGUAUAGUAAAAUACCUAGUAGAACAAAAAAACGCUGAUAUUACUGCUCGCGAGAAUGGUAAUGGUAUUCCCUUACACUGGGCUGCAGGUGGCGGUCAAUUAGAU